AUGAAUACGAUCCGAUCCACCUGGGUAGGCUGGGGCACUCUCUGCGUCGCCGGCGGCGGUGCCUACUACUUCGCUAAGAAAUCGAUCAAUGCCGACCGCCAGUCGCGAUUCGAAGCCGAUAUGAAGAAGAAGGCGCAGCUUGCUGCGAUGGAAGCAGAACAUCGUCGUCAGGCAUCCAAGCCCGAGCCUAUCUCAUCGCCUUCGGAUGACCCGAGCUUCAAGCGCGCAAACCGGGCACGCCACCAGAACGCCGCGGAUGAUGUAGCAUCACCAAGCGAAGAAGCUAGCCACGAUCCGGCACCCACCCGUCACGAGCCAGAGACCGAAGAAGAUAGACUGCUAGAGAAGGGGAAAUAUGAAGCUUCGCGUCCCUUCCGACCUCCGCCCGGCAACCGGCUAUGA